AGACAGAGACAACCUAAAUUUAUGUAGUAAAAUAAAACAAAAAUCUUAAAUUAAACUUCAGCUCCUGGAUUAUGGGUAAUUCUGGAGGAGAAUUUCAGACCGCUGGAAAUCUCAGAAGAGUCCUGUAAGAACAGCUAUCUGUGCUCUGUCUAAGCUCCCUGUUUCUUGUAAGGCGCGCUUAAAAAACUUGUUGCUUUCCAUUCAACCUAAUUUAGUCAAACGUGUUUAAGUAGCACAAGAAAAAUAAUUUUCAAAUGGCCAAACAGGCAACGGCUUUGCCUUAUUUAAACCCACCCUCGACUCCCUUCUUCCUCCCCUUCGCCCCCUGUUUUUUUCCUCUUCAUUGCUUGCAACAUCUGCUUCCAUUUCCCUUUUCCUCCUUUCCUCCUCUUUUUAUCUUUCGAACUACGCGUUUUUGAAACGGGUGGUUCGAACUUCGAAUACAAUCACGCUUCUUUACUGGUUAUUUUUGCCACUUGAAGAGAAGAUGGAGUAUGAAAACUGCUACAGAUUGCUUCAGAGCCCAAAGUAUGAUUGCCUUCUAUUCGAUCUUGAUGAUACCCUUUAUCCUCUUAGUUCUGGGAUUGCAAGAGAAUGUGGAAAGAACAUUAAGGAUUACAUGGUUGAAAAGCUUGGAAUAGAGAGGGACAAAAUCAUUGAGUUGUCAAAUCUAUUGUACAAGAAUUAUGGGACAACAAUGGCUGGCCUAAGGGCAAUUGGUUAUGACUUUGACUAUGACGAGUACCAUAGUUUUGUUCAUGGAAGACUACCUUAUGAGAACCUAAAGCCGGAUCCUGUUUUGAAGAGCUUGUUGCUGAGCUUGCCUCUUCAAAAAGUUAUCUUCACAAAUGCAGACAGGGUCCAUGCAGCUAAAGUUCUUAGCAGGCUGGGGUUAGAGGAUUGUUUUGAAGGAAUCAUCUGCUUUGAGACUUUGAAUCCUACUCACAAGACCGCUGCUUCUGACGAUGAAGAUGACAUCGAGUUUAUUGGAUCAACUACAGCUGCUAAUUCAAAUGAUGUUCCUGGUGGCUCCAAAAUCUUUGACAUCGUUCAUCAUUUUGCUCAACCAAACUCUGCUGUGGCAUUACCAAAGACACCUAUUGUUUGCAAACCAUCAGAAGCUGCCAUAGAACGUGCUCUCAAGAUAGCCAACAUCAACCCACAGAGAACAUUGUUCUUCGAGGAUAGUGUUCGUAACAUCCAGGCUGGAAAACGCUUGGGCCUUCACACUGUCCUGGUUGGUACUUCUCAAAGAGUGAAAGGUGCAGAUUAUGCAUUAGAAAGCAUCCACAACAUCAAGGAAGCCUUGCCGGAGCUCUGGGAGGCUGAUAGGAAGUCAGAAGUGGGCUACUCUGGCCAGCAGGUUGUGGUGGAGGCAUCUGUGACAGCUUAGAUUAUAUAUGUACUAGUAGUGCCAAUGCAAGAAAAUCAGUCAUGUCCUGAGGGAUCAUAUUGUCCCCAUUCCUAAUCAUUGUUCCUCCCAUGUACAUAUCCUUUCUUCCUUCGGGGCAUAAUUAUAUGAAUAUAAAAAUCGAAAAUUCAGCCUGUUUUGGCUACCAAAAAAAAAAAAAACACGUUGACACCUU